AAAGGGAAAUAAAUAAAAUAAUAAAACAGCACAUCACACACGUGGGUUGCUUUGAUUGGUGGCAAUCACGUACGUAAAAGUACCUGAGACGAACCCAAAUGGCCAUAACAUUAUUAAUACAGAAGCAUCAAUCCCUGUCACUUUUCUCAUUGGCCCAAAUUUCAGAAAGCAAAGGAAUCCACAUGCACCAGGCAACACACAGAUACUCCUCCCAGCACCGGAUCAUCAUUUUGGUUGCACAAUCCCAACAAACUCUCCCAACUCUCUCUCUAUCUGCUGCUACUGCUGCUUACCUCCUCCAAGAGACCGAGUCGAAAGUGAACAUGACAGCAACUUCAGCAACCUCUGUUCCUUCAGCUCACUCUUUUCCUAAAACACAUGGACGCGUAAUGCAAAGCUGAGUUUGUUUGUGGGGAUAGGCAACUCAGAGAUGGAGUUUCAAGAGGGUAUGAUGAAGUUGGUGGUUCACAAACCCAUAAAGACGACAUGGACAUUUGAGAAGGAGAACGAAAAACAGAGAAGUACAGAGACUGCCACUCCCAGGCGAAAAUGGAACAUCUUCAACAAGUAUCUGUCUUCACCGCCUUCAAAACCCGUAAACCCCAAACCAAAGCAACCCCCAAAGGAGUUCAUCUGCACCAUUUCCGGCUCUCUCAUGGCCGACCCAGUCAUCGUCUCCUCUGGCCACACUUUCGAACAAGCCUGCGUCAGAGCCUGCAAAGUCCUGGGCUUUACACCCACUUUACCCGACUCGUCCACACCCGAUUUCUCCUCCAUAAUCCCCAACCUCGCGCUCAAAUCCACCAUUCUCAACUGGUGCAAAAACUCCUCGGUAGACCCUCCAAAGCCCGUCGAUUCCAACACCGCCGAGAAGCUCGUCCGUACAUUAAUGGCGGCCGAUGCCCAGAACGAAAAUGGAGCCCAACAGACCGAAAUCUCGGAGAAGAAGGUGAUACAAGGGGUUAGAGAAAAGCCUAGCGUGAAUUCCAAUCAUCCUAGUCACUGCGACUCGAGCUCGGACGACUCGUUCGGGACCACCGCGUCGAUUCGGUCUCUGCAACUUGCGACUCAGCCGAGUUGCUAUUCCUCUCCAUCCUCGUCCGAAAUCGAAACCCUAGCCCCUAAUUGCACCGAGGAAGAGGAAAUUUUGGCCAAACUCAGAAGCCCACAAGUGUUUGAGAUCGAAGAGUCCGUGAUUUUUCUGAGACAGAUCACACGGACCAGAGAAGACUCAAGGGGCCACCUCUGUACCCCUCGGUUACUCUCAGCCCUCCGAUCUCUGAUCAUCUCCAGGUACUCGAGCAUCCAAGUGAACUCGGUCGCAGCAUUGGUGAAUCUCUCUUUGGAGAAUGCCAACAAGGUUAGGAUCGUACGGUCAGGAAUCGUUCCUCCACUAGUUGAUGUUCUGAAGGGGGGAUUUGCUGAGGCGCAGGAACACGCUUCCGGUGCACUCUUCAGCUUAGCCCUAGAUGAUAACAACAAGACCGCGAUUGGUGUUUUGGGCGCUUUACAGCCGUUGAUUCACAUGCUCCGGUCCCAGAGCGAGCGGACCCGGCAUGACUCGGCGCUUGCUCUUUACCAUCUUUCGCUCGUUCAAAGCAAUCGGUCUAAGUUAGUGAAACUCGGGUCCGUUCCAAUUUUGUUGGGUAUGUUGAGAUCGGGUCACAUGACGGGUCGGUUACUACUAAUUUUGUGUAACCUGGCUUGGUGCAUGGAUGGGCGGGCCGCAAUGUUGGAUGCGGGUGGGGUAGAUUGUUUGGUUGGGUUGUUGGAUGGGGGCGAGUUGAAGUCCGAGUCGGCUUGGGCGAGUUGCGUUGACACAUUGUAUGGGCUGAGUCAUGGCGGGUUGAGGUUCAAGGGGUUGGCGAAGGCGGCAAGGGCGGAAGAGGUGUUGAUGAAGGUUGAGAACGUUGGGUGCAAACGGGCAUGGGAGAAGGCAAAAAGGGUUUUGGAGAUGAUCAAAAAGAGGGAAGAGGAGGAGGAAGAGGUGGAUUGGGUGGAUUUGCUUGGCAUGGAGAGUCAGACUCAGUGUUGACUCGUUGUGGGUUAGGUGAGUCAAGAAUUUUGAAGUACAGAGUUUGAUGUUUUGAUUCUUUUGAGUGUUGUCUUUUUUGGGGGUGGGGUUGGUUUAAGAUUUGUAAUUACCGGUGUUUAUAUUGGUGGUUUUUGUGGCUUUUGCGCUUUGGUGACAUUUUUUUCACCUAAAUCAUGGAUGUUGGAGGUGUAAAUUAAGAGCUUUUAGACCCAAGUGAUUUUGGAGUUGUACGAAUCUUUUCCGAAAGUUUUC